GGGGACGGCUGGAGUGAUUACGGAUGGCUGCUGCUGAACCUCAUCUUGGUCCAGGUGGGUCUUCUCCUGGGAGUUGAUUCUUCUGUUGGUGGCCAUUGUGUAAUCGGGUUUGCUACUCGUACUGGCAAAGAAGUGAUUGCCCAGUGGUUGAGAUGGUGAAGAAAGGUGCUGAGGCGCGUGCGCGUCACGACUCCGCAUUCAUUCUCAAAGUGAAGUGCAGCAAUUGACAGUUGAAGCGUCUCCCUUGCCACUUUUUUGUUGAUUGUGCUUCCCAUGUUCAACUAAGUCCCUUAGCUCCGUCACCACCUCUUACCUCGCACGACUCUCGGUCUUGCAAAGCGUGUUUGAAGUUUAGCGAUUGGCCUUGUGACAUUGUCGACAUAGCGAAAGACGGAAACUUUUUUCACCUUCUCGGAGGCUCCGCACAGGCAGGCACAAUGGACAGCGACCCGAUCCUGAGCAGCCCUGUCAAGAGACAGAAGACUGCUGGGGGCUACCGCCCUGCUGGACGGCGACCUCAGACACAGACUCAGACUCAGAGCCAGCCAACACAUGCAUCUGCCACGGUGCCGACCCAGAUUCUUUCACGACCCCCGCCCAAGGCCAAUCUGACCUUUGCUAACCUCAUGGCCGAUCUGACUGCCGAAUCGCAACCCUACCUUACCCAACCCACUCAGCCGCUGCCUGCUGCCCAGAAGCGCUCUCACUCGUCUACUCCUACCGUCCAAGUUGCUCGCAGCUCGCCCGCUCCCGUACCCGAAUCUCCUCUCCAACACCCCCACUCUCGACCCUCAAGUACCCUGGGUGCCCGUUUCGCUCCCCCGGGAACUGCUUUUAGACGUCCCCCAGGAACUCUCCAAUCCAGCCGUCCUGUGCCGCUCAUUAACAUCGACGACGAUGAUGACUUUGUGGAUCCUCCCAUCGACCGCAGUUCCGACACCGAGGGACCUGCCACCCAACCUGCCAUCAUUCCUACCGCCUUCACCAAAGGCGGCAGAAAUCUCGACUCUUCUCCCAACCGCGUCCACGACAGCCCAAAGUCCUCGGCCGAAAAGUUCAAGACUUUUACAUCCUCCUUCGCCUACAAUGGUGCCAUGGAAAGUGCCUAUGGAGGAGUGUCACGGAACAAACCCCACCAACGCCAACCUGCCCCAUCGCGCGCCCAGCCUGUACAAGACAUGUCUAUCGCCGAUAUCUUCGAUGUUGGCAUGCAGAAGAAGGUGGAACGCAUGAUGACCGUCUUGCCCGGCCGCCCUAUUCGUACGCUCAACAACGCCCUAGAAAAGAGCCGCGGCAACUUUGACGAUGCUGUCGACCUGAUAUUCCGCGAAGAGGACAACGACAACAACAUGGACGUUGUUGACCUUACCAGCUCGGACAUUGAAAGCAACGCUGCGAAACCCAGCGCUCAACCCAGGCCAGCCGCCAAACAACAGGUCAAAGCUCCCACUCGAACCAUCGCCGACAAGUAUUCGAUCAACAAGUCCAAACCAGCCACUACUUCCUCGGAUGCUGGAAAGCCAAAAAGACGAUUGGUGCAGGGUCGCAAGAACCCCGCCUCACCUACUGGGUCUCCUUCUCCAACCAAGCCAGUCGAGGCCCCACCAAAGAAGCGUGCUGUCACAGUCAUUGAUUCGGAUGAUUCUGAUGCCGAGUCUGCCAAGGAGUCCUCAGAAGAAGACACAAGUGAUUUCGAUGGUCGUCUGCUCAAGUUCUUCAACACUUGCAGUGCCCAGGAUCUGGCCGAUAUGUCUAACGAGAAGCUGGAAAUUGCUCAGUUCAUAUUGUCCAAGAAACCUUUCCGCAGUCUGAACGCUAUUCGAAACAUUUCCGACGCCGCACCCUUGAAGUCAGGCAAGAAGUCGGCCAAGAAGGCCAUCGGCGACAAGGUCUUGGACGUGUGUGAAGAGAUGUACAGAGGUUACGAAGCUGUUGAUGAGUUGGUUGAGAAAUGCGAUAACCUUGGAAAACCUAUUGCCGACACGAUGAAGCAAUGGGGUAUCGAUUUUGCUGCCGCCACAAAAGACGGUGAACUGGCUCUGACCUCGCUUGAAGACGCACAUCAUGACUCGGGCAUCGGCACUCCUGCUAGCUCUACAGGUGUCUUCGAUGACGACGACGACGAUAUAGUCAAGCCAAAGUCAUCCAGACCCACCAAGAUCAAGAAGAAUAUCUUUCUCAAGCAGCCCUCCAACAUGAGUACCGACCUUAUUAUGAAAGAUUAUCAGCUUUUCGGUCUGAAUUGGCUCAAUCUGCUUUGGUCUAAGAAGCUGAGCUGUAUCCUCGCCGAUGACAUGGGCCUGGGAAAGACUUGCCAAGUCAUCGCAUUCCUUGCCCACCUCAAACAGACGGAGGUGCAGGGUGUACAUCUUGUCGUUGUUCCUGGCUCGACCUUGGAGAACUGGAUCCGAGAGUUGAACAGAUUCUGUCCAGCUCUCGAGGUUGCUCCCUACUAUGGCUCACAGGCUGAAAGAGAGAAUCAACGAUACGACUACGGGUCCCGCUUGGAUGAGAUUGACGUUAUCGUUACCACAUACGAGACCGCUGUCGGCAAGUAUGAUACUGAUUUCCUGCGAAAGGUCGUGCGCCCUGUGGUCUGCGUCUUCGACGAAGGCCAUGCUCUGAAGAACAGUCAAUCAAAGAGACAUCAACAGCUCAUGCGCAUUCCUGCCGAAUUUCGCCUGCUCCUCACUGGUACACCACUACAGAACAACCUGCAAGAGCUCGCUUCGCUGCUUUCUUUUAUCCUCCCCAGCCUUUUCAAUUCUAGAAGAGAGGAUCUCGACAGCAUCUUCAAGUACAAAGCUACCACCAAGGAUGCUGAUCACGCUGCUUUGCUAUCUGCACAACGCAUUGCAAGAGCCCGAUCAAUGAUGACACCGUUCAUCCUUCGUCGUAAGAAGCAGCAAGUCUUGAAGCAUAUGCCCGCAAAACACCGCCGUGUCGAGUACUGUGACAUGCUGCCGGAGCAGCGUGAAGUAUAUAACGAGAUGGUUAAGCAAGCCGUCGACGCCCGCACGCAACCAAAGAAGGGGGCCACCAAAGCUGCCAAGACAGCUCAGGAGAUGACGGCGCUCCGAUUUGCAGCUCUUCAUCCUCUGCUCUUGAGACGCAAGUAUGGCGAAAAGGAGCUCGAGAAGUUGGCCAAGGCUCUACAACGAUCCGAAGAGUACGGCGACAACAAGCCGGAUUUGAUCUGGAGAAUGCUCACGGAGCAGACCAAGGGUGGUGACUUUGGCAUGCAUCGAUUCUGUCUUGAGUAUGAUUUCCUCAACAAGUAUAUCUUGCGCAACAACGAGUGGAUGAACAGUGGCAAGAUCAACAAACUCAAAGAGUUGCUUGAGGCUUACAUCAAGAAUGGUGACCGUGUCUUGAUUUUCUCACAAUUCACAACAAUGAUGGACAUCCUGGAAGCAGUUCUCGAGACAUUAUCCAUCAAGUUCAUGCGCCUUGAUGGCAGUACUCCUAUGGCCACUCGUCAGGACAUUAUUGAUCAAUUCACCACAGAUCUUUCGAUUCCUGUCUUCAUGCUUAGUACCAAGGCUGGUGGUGCAGGUAUCAACUUGGCUUGUGCGAACAAAGUCAUCAUCCUCGACUCUGGAUUCAACCCUCAAGACGACAUUCAAGCCGAGAACCGCGCCCAUCGCGUCGGACAGACCCGGGAUGUUGAGGUUGUUCGUCUUGUUACUCGCGGCACCAUUGAAGAGCAGAUUCAUGCUCUCGGCGAGUCAAAACUUGCACUCGACGACCGCGUGGCCGGUGCAGAAGACGCUGCUGCAGAGAAGAAGCUCGAAGCCGAUGCAGCCCUGGCUGUGGAAGACAUGUUCUUCAAGCAUUUGGAAGAAGAGAAGAAGGACGAACACCCAAAGAUGGACGACAAAGACGCCAUCGACGCAAUGGACAGUACAAGUGACAACACUGCUGCUGCAAAUAACAAGGACCUCCGCGAUGAGUUCAGAGACGGACUCAAGGUUGCAGGACUAGACGUGAAGGAAGAAGAGGAUGUGAAGAAGGAGUUCGAUGUCAAGGAAGAGGCUGACGUAAAGAAGGAAUGAUGAGAUGACCGGCUCGCGCUGCAUGAUUUGAUUGCAUUACAACUGCCAAUACCACAACUACACUGGCGUUUCACGGUUGCUCUUUUUCGCAGUUGGGACACAUCGCGUUGUGGCCCUGUUUUUGAAUAUGGCGUUUGUUCAGCAUGGCAUUGCCUGACAAAGGGCACCAUAGAUAUACAAAUCUUCCUCAACCACUAUAGAGGUC